AAUCACAAUCGGUUUUCGACAAACAACACAAAUGUUAUUUACUAAUUUAAUAAAAAUAAAACAACUUUAUUAACAUACGUGGAUAAAUAGUAAUAUUAAUAUAAUCAUUAUAGUAUUUACAUUGAGUAAAUGUGCUUGUGUAUAUUAAAUUCGGGCAUUAACAACUUUUAACAAGAAAAUGAAAUCUCAUUGAAAGAAAGUAAACAAAGUAAAUGUAAAAUAAAUAAUGAUUGAAAUCAAAGCAAAAUUGGUGCGUGCAGAUUCGGCAAUUUAUGCCACCGGCGAGUGCGUUGAAUGUUUAAUUGAAUUUACGAACAAAGUGUUUGCGGACAAUGCUGCCAGUUUGGAGAACUUGGCUUGGGCUUCGGUGCAGUUGCAUUGCUAUAGAAAGACCAGCUACAGCAAUCCAAUAGCUGACAAAAGCGCCGAGCUCGCUGAGCUGAUUGGACGCACCGCUUUGGACGCAGUGACGCAAACGCCGGGCGAAGUCAUUGUUGCCACCAAGCCGAAAAUACUCUUUUGCGAUUUGCGACUGCAACCGGGCGAUACAAAAAUCUAUUUCUUCAACGAGCUGGUUCCACGCGAUGGUCCGCCUACAUAUCGUGGCCAUGACAUCCGCUACUUUUACAAAAUCACCAUUGCCACGCAACGCGUCAAAUCCAAGGUGCAAACGCUAACGUUGCCAAUCCGGGUGCUCCCCAUCCCGUUGAUAGCCCGGCCGGAUGAACUGCCGGUGACUGUCGAAACAAAUGAGGAAUUGGCACCAACGAAUCCCUUUUUGGAGAAGCGCGAAAUCAGCGAAUUGGAAAUAUCCUGGCAUCAUUUGAAGAAUGUGACUGCUCGACGUGCUCCAAAGUUUUAUCGUAUAUCGAAUAAGCGUGGAUUUGUUGGACGCUUCUGUUUGUUCAAGCAGGCUUAUAAACUGGGCGAGGAUAUCGUGGGCAGUCUGGAUUUCGGGAAUUGCCAGGUGCGCUGUGUUCAGUUCUCGGUGAAGCUGCAGCAACAGGAGUUGCCUGUGCGUCCACAGCCAGAGCAGUCGGCGACGGGAGAUGAGGCAGCAACAGCCUCGCUGAGCUCCUUCGAUAUGGCCAGCAUUGCAUCCGGCAUUAUGCCUGAUAAUCUGCACAAGUCGGAGACAUCGGGCAGUGCCCGCAACAAGGAGGAGCCUGUGGCCACCGGCAAGCUGAGCACCAUUGCCACAUCCCAUCAGGUCUGCUAUGCAACGCUGCAGACGCAGGUGGUUGUGCCCAUUCCGUUGCAUGUGACGCCCACAUUUCGCACCGAUCUGGUCGACGUCAAGUGGCGACUGCAUUUCGAGUUUGUCACCAGCACCUUGAUGGACUUUGGCAUUCCGAAUCCCUCCGCGGGGGAGCUCAAAGCGCCCGCCGAACUGCCCGUAGAGACUAUGGUGUGGAAUCUGCCGGUGACCAUUUAUGCGGCGAAUCCGUUGCAGAUAUACGCCCCAACUCAGACAUAUAAUCUGCUGAUUAAAUAGGUUUCUUAAUUUUCCUUACAAAUAUUGUUGCAAUAAAUUGUUUUGAAAUUGGC